AUGACAGAAGAAAAUAAACCUGUUUUCAGACUUGUUGCAGAAAACAAUUCCAGUUCUGGUGGCGGCGUUUAUACUGGUUGCAUGCCCAGCCUCGAAAGAUAUUGGAUUCAGGAGCAUUAUUAUGAAAAGAAUCCCAUAUGCAAUGAUGGAGACAAAAUACUUUAGAUCAGCAGAAUUCUAAAACUACGAAACCGACUACUUUCAUAUCUAUUUGAAGUAUUCCAAUGGUAUAAGGCUGCUACUUACUUGGAAAAGGGUGGAAGAUGUGACUUUGAUGUCUAUUUCGGAGAAGUAAGUGCCUCACAAGCAAUAAAAGGAAACGUGUUCUAUUUGAUCUCGAAAUCCUCAGACUGCACUUCUUCCAAACCUGGAUGGGGGAUAACUUGUAGGAAUGACAUAUUACUGAUUCACAUUGCAUACGACCAAGGAAUACUGCUAUAUAUAUAUAUAGUAGGCGAAUAA